UCUAGCCUCCAGUGGCUCGCCGGGCCUUUCUCUUUUCCGUUUUGUAUCAACCCUGAUUUUCUCUUCUUCGAUUUGUCCGCUCUGCAAUUCUCUUUUUCUCUCAUUAGAUUUCGUUUUCGCUUGCAUCUCUCUAACUUCACUCCAAGCUCAUCUGGGUACUCUUGCUUUGUACUCGCAUCACUUUUUAGAUAUAUGGGUUUUUGCAAUUAGGGUUGUUUGGUUUCUCUCUACAAUCUUAUGCUCCUUUGAAUCAUCAUUUUGAGGUUUUGGGUCAUUAAGCAAUUCUGGGUUAUUCAUAUCAUAUCAAAGGUACUUUAAUUUAUCUGACCUAAAUUUUUCUAUUCCUUGUGAUACUCUUUUGUUUAUUUUUAUUUAGUUUCUCCUAAUCAGUGACUCUUGGGUGUUUGGAAUUUUGGGUUGUGCUCCAGAUUCUAAGUUUUCUUUGGGUUCAUUGAUUUCUCAAUUUCUCUUUGGACUUUGACCACCUUUCUCUCAUUUACAGCUCUCUGUUUGCUUGGGUUAUUCUUUCCAAGUAUCACUUCUAGCGUAAAGGGCAUUAGCCCACUUUUGGUUACUUGAAAUAUUGUAUUAUAGUGCCAAAUUUUAUACUAUCAGUUUUAAGGUAUUUGGGGUUGUGUUGUUUAGGAUUGUUUGGCAUCAAAAAUCUGUUUUUCCCAUUUAUCAUUUCUCUGGAAAAUUGGGUUUUGUUUUGUUUUUUUUUUUUUUUUUUUUUUUUUUUUUUUUUUUUUUUGUGUGGAAAUUUUGAGGGUUUUUCCCCCCUUGGUUUCAAAAGUUUGGACUAAUGGCUAGAGGAAUAACUGGGAAUUAUUGAAGGUAUUGCAGCUAAUUCCUGUGUGAAUGGAUAAUCCAACACCAAAGCUGGGCCCGAAAGGCUUAAUAAAGAAGCAUGAAUUUGUAAGAAUUAUUAUUCAAUGUCUGUAUUCUUUAGGGUACGAAAAUUCAGCAGCUUGUUUGGAAUCAGAGUCAGGAAUUUCAUGCAAAUCUAUAGAACUUGGAUUGCUUAAAUCCCGAAUUCUGAAUGCAGAUUGGGAUGAUUGCAUUGACAGCCUUAAUGCAACUAAGGAUUUAAUGGAUGAAAAGAGAGGGCUGGCACUGUUUCUUGUGUUUAAGCAGUGUUUGUUGGAGUGUUUGAAUCGUGGGGAUGAUUCUUCUGCUUUAGCAGUCCUGCAAAAACAGAUUUCUGCAUUACACGUAAGCAGGGAGAAGGUUCACAACCUUGCUUUGGGAAUGAUGUUGCUGAAGGAAAUGGGGUUGGGUAAAUUUGAAGGUGAUGUUAUUCGUGAAUCACGAGAAAGGUUGUUAAUAGAAUUGGAAAAUUUACUUCCACCACCUAUUACGCUUCCUGAAAGAAGGUUGGAACAUCUGGUCGAAAUGGCUGUUAGUGCCCAGAGAGAUUCAUGUGUGUACCAUAAUACAAUUGAGGCAAUCUCACUCUAUGAGGACCAUCAUUGUGGUCGAGAUCAGAUUCCCACGGAGACUGUUCAGAUUUUGUCCAAUCAUAGAAAUGAAGUUUGGUGUGUCCAAUUUUCCAACAACGGAGAAUACUUGGCCUCGUCAUCAAGUGACCUCACUGCCAUUAUAUGGAAGGUGCUUGAAGAUGGUAAGGUGGCAUUGAAGCACAUUCUAAGAAGCCACCAGAAACCAGUUUCCUUUGUUUCAUGGAGCCCUGAUGACUCGAUGUUGCUCACUUGUGGGAAUGCAGAAGUCCUUAAACUGUGGGAUGUGGAAACAGGUACAUGCAAGCACACUUUUGGCGAGCACACUUUUGGCGAUCAGGGCUUCAUGGUUAGCUCAUGUGCUUGGUUUCCUGACUCAAAGCGACUCGUCUGUGGCAGCUCUGAUCCUGAAAAGGGUAUCUACAUGUGGGACUGUGAGGGUAACGAGAUUAAGGCAUGGAGAGGGAUGAGGAUGCCCAAGGUUUUGGAUCUUGCUGUGACACCAGAUGGAGAAAAUCUUAUCAGCAUAUUUUCUGAGAAAGAAAUUCGGAUAUUAAAUGUGGGAACAAAUGCUGAGCGGGUCAUCUCGGAGGAGCACCCGAUCACGUCCCUUUCUGUAUCAGGAGAUAGUAAGGUUUUUAUAGUCAACCUUAACAGCCAAGAGAUCCAUAUGUGGGAUGUUGCUGGGAAAUGGGAGAAACCACUGAAGUACGAGGGUCACAAGCAACACAAAUACGUGAUACGGUCCUGCUUUGGUGGCUUAAAUAGCUCCUUUAUUGUCAGUGGCAGUGAGAAUUCACAGGUCUAUAUCUGGAACCGACGAAGUUCAAAUCCAAUUGAGGUCCUGUCUGGCCAUUUGAAGACAGUGAACUGUGUGAGCUGGAACCCUAGGAAGCCUCAAAUGUUAGCAUCAGCAAGUGAUGAUGAAACAAUCCGUAUAUGGGGACCAAAGCGUUCGAAGAAUAUAUAGCCUGAGAAGCUCAUUUGAGCAGGAGAAUUGAAAUAACAGAAUCUGUUUCUAUUUGGCUUCUAUUUUUAUUUUUAUAUUUUUUUCUCAUUUUAAUCUGCUGAUGCAUUUGUAAAUAUGUGGUUUGAAUUUGCUUCGCCCAUUCAAACUUUGGGGGUGCAUCCCUUGUAAAUUCCCAUUCCUUCCAUUCAUGUCUUGCAUUUUUCGAUACGAUCUGUAGAUGCUUUUAGACAAGUUUUGAGGAUGCUGGAAACUCGGAAUUUGAUGACUCGCUCUCUAUCUUGCCCUUUUUGAAACUCUACCAGCUUAGCCUAGUCUCACCCGGUGCUCAGCAUGGCACAAAUAUAUGUACAUUUUUAUUAUCGUUUUCGUUAGGGUUAGAGCAUGACAUAUGUGUCACUUAUUUAUGGUCUUUUUAUGGUUUUACUAAAGAAUGAAAUGUAUUAUUUGGAUGGUGAAUUCAGAUGUAUACUGCAAACAUUGGAGGGAAAUUGAUCUAAUUUCAUGGGUGGUAUUUAAUGAGA